AUGUCGGCCGGCGAAGAGGGCGACAGCGAUGACAUCAACGAGAUGGGCGACGGUCGGGGUCAUGCGUUUGUGAUUGACGAGGCCGAAGAGAGCGACAUGGAGGGCGUAGACGGCGACAACGAGUCGGAUGCGUGGACCGACUAUGACAGCAGCGAGGACGAAGAGGACGAAGAUGAACGAGACGCCAAAUUCCACAAGGACCUCGUGGACAUGAGCAAAAUGACCGACGACGAAAUAUGGGAGCAGAAGGUGCGCAAGAUCAUGGACUAUGCCAAAAACAACGACGUGCGCGACGAUCUGGACGACGACGAAUCCGACGACAUGCCCGAUUUUGACUUUGGCGCCUACGACAGCAGCGACUCGUGGGACAUCAAGGUGAGCGAGUCCCCCCGCACGGGCGCCAUCGAGGCCGGGCUGGAUGUGAAGAUUCUGUCCAAACGGCUGCAGUUUUUUGCGGCGCGCGAGCACAUCCCCGGCACGCCGACGUUUCACCAGUUCGGACAGCUGCCAGCGGAGCUGCGCCUGCGCAUCUGGGAGACGUACUGCUCGGAGUUGCGGCGCAAGCAUCGCGUGAUCCAGGUGUUCGUGCACCAGCACGGGCGGCUGACGCCCGCGGUCACCAUGGACCAACAGACGGAGCCGGUGCGGCGGAUGAUGAGCAUCUGCCGCGAGACGCGGGAGAUGGGCCUCAAGGCGCUGCCGGACGUGCUGCCCGUGGGCCACAGCAGACACGACAAGGCGGUGAUUCGGUUCAACGCAGAGACGGACCUGAUCCACUUCUUUGACGAGCACCCGUUUGGCCUCAACGCACGAGACGCCGCCACAGCCCGCGAGGACAUCGACAUCGAUUUGACUGAGCGGCAGCGCGGCCUCCUGCGCGAACAUGUUGAGCUGGUCACCCCCGAGCCGUACCACAGUGUGCGCAACCUGGCGAUCGGCGAUAAUCUUGUCCGGUCGCGCGAGCCUGGGGCGUACCAGACGCAUUAUUUGGAGCAGAGCGUGAUUGAGCUUUUGAGCCCGGACCAUGCGUCGCACCGCGAACCACACGAGCUGCGCGACGAGACCUUCUUGCGCUCGAUUGAGUACCUGUUCCCCAACCUGCAGAACAUUUAUGUGGUGGAGGACGGUGCGUUCCGACACAGCGACCGCUGGGCGGGCCACAUCCGGAGCCACCAGCGUUACCAUGUCGACUGUUUCGAAAUGAACGAGUACGAAACGGGUAAGGUAAAGAUUGAGUACCUGUACCUCUGGCACGCACCGCCCAAGAACGCUGGCCGGCUGUCUCGGGGUGCCAUUGCAGACAGACGUGUGGGGAGCAACACGGACGAGGAGAACGGUGACAAUAAGGACAUGGAAGACAGAGACAAAGGCGACAUGGAGAACGGCAACAGCGGCGACACGAAGUCAUCCACACCAAAGACGUCUGAGAUACCCGGCGACUUCAAGGACGAGGUGGUGAUUGGGCACUUUGCGCGGCUGCGCGAAAAGGGCGUGCGGUUUUCGCGGCUGCUCUUCUUUGAGGACGAGGGCAUGGACGACUACUGGCAGCUGCAGUUGGGGUGCCGACCUGAUGGGCACUGGCCCAACGACGAGUUUGGCGUCCCUCAGCAGGAUCAGCUGCCAUCGCGGUACGCGGAUGAAGAAUUUGGCUGGCACGGUGGUAUGUCGGACAACUCAGACGAGGAAGAGGAGGAGGAGGAGGACAGCAUGAUUGACGACGACGACAUUCUUGAGGAUGAGUCAGAGGAGGACUCGGAUGAGUUUGCUGGGCUGCACGACGAUGACUCGGGCGACGAAAACGACGGACCGCCUCUGCCGUUGGAGGCCAUGUUCUCGAGCCCCGAGCCUGAGCCUGGGACCGAAGCAGAUAGUAGAGGCGCGACAGGAACUCAAACCCGCCGUGGCAAAAAGCGGCACGUGGUUGCCGACUCGGAUGACGACGACGACGACGACGAAGCCGACAACGGGGACGGUGCCAGGCCGGCACAGGAGAGCAAGACCAGCGCGGGUUCAUCCAAACGCCAGCGACGGCCGCUUAUUGUGUCGUCCGAUGAUGACGAGGAGGCCAAGGGCGCGACCAAGCACGACGGCUCGUCUUCCCACAGAGAGGCUGGUGAAAGCGGCCAAGACAGCGGCAGCGACGAUGAAGAUCCGGAUGCGGACUCGGACGACAAGCCGGCCAAACCGGCCAAACCUCUGACUCUGAUGCAGAAGCUGGCGCUCGGGCGUAAGUCUAUUCCGGUCGUGACUGUGGACGACGAAGACGCGGAAGAAUACGCUGGCGACUACGGCGAGCGCAACGGAGAAGACGAGGAGGAGGCGGACGAGUGGAACGGAGUUGCAUAA